GAAGAUGGAGCUGUUGUAUUUUUAGCAUUAUGACAGUUUGACCCCUGCACUCUUUGUAGCUAAAGCUGCUUUGGUUAGCGGUGUAGCUUUUUAUAGUCAGUAAAGCAGCUGUAUGUGAGUCCCAGCAGUAGGCCUGUCCGUCAGUGUGUCUGUAGACAGCGGCUUGUUUCCUCACUGCUCCUCUGGAUGAACUCAGCCAGCUAACCUCCGUCAGCUAAGCUAACUGUGCUGCUGCUGUUGCCGUUCACUGAGAAACAUAGACGGCAGACUGGGCAGCUGACUGUAGCUGUUUCUGUGCUGGAGGCACAACGGCAACAGCACAGCCAUUGUUCAGGUGAAUUAAGGUGGGAGUUGUCUCUGAGGGGCUAACUACACCAAACUUCAUUAAAAGUUGUCGGACUUCAGUGUUCCUUUGGUGGCUCAUAACGGAGUGAAUUUGCUUGUCCUGAAUCCUGCAGCUGAAUCAGAUGUCAUCUCUUCACACAGCCAGCCAGAGUGAGGUGGCAUCUGAGGACAACAGGGAGCUGAGAGUGGAGCUGUCAGGAGUGACGAAGGAGGCCAAAGGCUUAUGUCGACUACAUGAAAAUCCCCGUCCCUCUACUCUGGCAACAGAGCACACCUCAGCAUGGUGAAGGCAGCAAAGAUGGAGCUGCUGAGAGCACUCGUCGGUGAGUGUCUGUCUGCAGCAGCCGAGGAGAUCUUCAAGAUCGUAGAGAGGACAAUUGUGGAGUAUGAAGAGGAGAUGUCCUGUUCAAAGUGGGUGGUGGACAGCCACCACAGACUGCUGGAUGUCGCCAAGUCACACAGUGAAGACUCUAUCCAGAUGUGUGCCACAGAUGAGCAGCAGCAGCCUCCUGCCAGUGUGAACUUUAGUGUGUGCUGGGAGGAACCAGACAACACUAGCAGAACUACAGAACUGACGACAGACUGUCCCAUCAUUAAGAGAGGUCAACCACACACUUCCCCUGCCACUGACAGUGAUCGAAGUGACCAGGACACACUAGUUGAAAGUGAAGAAGAUGAUGUGAAGCAAGAGUAUGACUUGAAGACACCCCAAAAAAUCUUCAACGUGAAGAAGCCAUUCAAAUGUCCUGUUUGCCUCGGUGGGUUUUCUUCCAAAAAGACAAUGGUGCGACACAUCAAAAAGCACCCAGAUAACAAAUGUUCAUUUUACCAGUGCCAGUUCUGUGAUCGCUACUUUUGCCACAAGUCUGAGUUCAUCAUUCACACCAGGAUGCAUAAAAAUGCCAAACCAAACAGGUACCAAGACUUUGAGAAGAGUUUCAAGCAAAGGGACAACCUGUUCAUUCACAGGCAGCAACACACCAAGGAGAAACCCUAUUUGGUUUUCAGUGAAAAGCCGGGAACAAAAACUCACCUCGCAUCAGUGACAGCUGUCAGUCAGAUGGAGUCAGAGCUGGAAGUGAGACCAGAUGAAGCUGCGAUUAAGGCAUUUCCACUUACUGUCACUCCCUAUGACAAGAGUGAGUUUGAUCAGGAGUCUCUGCAGCCCCUCUGUCUUUAUCAAAUCCAGGCUGUUGCUGAUAUAGAUAAAGACUCCUCCACUGUGUUUGCAGUAGAUCAUAUUAAAACCGAAGCUGGACCUGAUAGUGGAGCUGAUGAGCAGCAUCUCCUUUCAGUGAGCACAGCUCAAAAAGAAGCAGAAGACAGGCAGCUAAAACAUAUUAAUGUCACAGAUAUCCUUCCUAGGAGGACUUCAGGAAAAUCCACUGAGCUCAUCAUCCAGUUUGAAGCAGGAACUGCACAGAAACCCUACAAGUGUCCUUGCUGCACCAAAUGUUUCUCCUUGACCAAGACUUUAAUACGACACAUAAAGAUCCACACAGAGGACAAACCUUAUCAGUGCCAGUUCUGUGGCAGGAACUUCUGUCAAAAGUCAGACCUGGUCAAUCACACAAGGAUACACACAGGAGAGAGACCUUAUCAAUGCCAAGAAUGUAACAAGUCCUUUGCUCAGAAAGGCAACCUGGUGGUUCACAUGAGGAAACACACAGGGGAGAAACCGUAUCAGUGCCAAGAGUGCCGAUGUAGCUUCAGUCAGAAAUCUGCUUAUGACUGUCACAUGCAGAGUCACAGGUAGUCACAGACUAUGAAACCAAAAUGUGUCUGUAGUACCAUGUUUGUCUGUCCUUCAACCACUAUUGGUAGGCACUCGCUACUGGAGGGAAGCGUCCCAGUUGCCCGAGCAGUUCUCAGACACUUUGUCCCAGUUGUCCGGUCAUAAUAAGCCUCUAAAAUUUUUUACAACUGUACAAUAGGCAACAUUAUUGGCUUCAUCUGUGAGUGUCGAAAUGUUGUGGAUCAUUUGUGCGUAGACUUAACAAACACACGAGUUUUUUGUGUCUGUUGAAUCUCGCGCUUUAUUUUCUUUUAACUGAAAUGGUUAGAUGUAUAAGUUACACUAUGCUUGCAGAAAUGCUGCUGCUGCAGAUAUGUGCAUUUAAAUAUCAACACUGGAAACUCUGUUGUAAUCCAGUUGAUACACCAGAUAAAAAAAAAAAAAUCUCCUGACUGUCCAGAUGGAAUUAUAUUUGUACUUAGUCAGAAAUUAAACAUGUAUGGACAUCCGUAAUGGUGCUAGAUUUAUACUGAGCACAACUGCUUUUUCUUCCCAGUGAUUUAAUUCUUGAAACUGAGUAUAUGCAGCUCUUCAGCUGUUUACUGUGCAGAAAAUAAUUUAGAUUAAUAAAGUUACAAUCAGAUAUCAAUUAUGCAUCAGAAAGACUGAAAUAGUGAAUGAGGUCACUGCUGGCAUCUGUCAAUGUGGAGACAAUAUGGAUCCAGCUCCCUUUUGAUGCCACAGAUGUUAAAUGAAUCAGUGAAACACAGCUGACAGUCUGCAUUUGUUGACACAGAUUUGGAGGUGUGAGAUAGUCUGAGAUAGGAAUUGAAGACCUUGAUGUGAGAAUCAAUGCAAUGAUGAAAAUUUAGAAGAUGCGUCCACUGAGUUUAACCCCUGAACUGUAUAUUAAGGAUGGACUAGAGCUACUCUUGGUCUGAAAGGUGUAGCCAAUUUAAAUGCAAGUUUGGCUGCAUUCUUUCUAACAGCCAACAGGGGGAGACUCCUGGUUUUCUAAAGAAGUCAAGUUGUGUAGAACUCUAAGAGCAAAUGAUCCUACUUCGCCAUCCGUUAUCUCCGUGAACAUUUUUCUAAUAAGCUUAUUAUCUAAAAUUACUUUUUCUAAGAGUUCUGGAAUAUGGUAUCAUGUUCAUUUUGUAAAUUAUUGUAGCAUUUCAAGCAAAAUAAAGGUUCAAGUAGGGAAUGUUUUAGGGAGGGACUGCGUUUAUUAUUGGUAAAUUGCAACUAGCAUGUAGUGUCCUCAAUUUAUCAGUCAGAUCCACUGCUGGCUUGAUGCAUGUUUCAAAAGUUUAACAUGGUGAGUGUCAUAAAAAAUUGCUGUAGCUGUUGAACUUUAAAAACUCAAAAAGACUUUGCUGGGUCAUUAGUGAAUUUAAUAUGGAAAACAACAGCAUUAGUCUAGAUUCUCAACGGAGAAACAAAAUGUAGCGGCUUUAAUAGUGAACAGAAAACUCAGGAACUCCUCUUCAUUUGAAAUUAUCCUCAGUGUUGUAAGUAACCCCAUGGUUUACUCAGUUUUCUAUAUCAUAUAAGAAAUGCUGAGUUUAACUUUGAGACGAAAAGCCUACGAAAGCGAAACACAUUUCCUUAGAUAGAACUCAAGCCUUUUCCUCUGACGUCUUUACUUGAAACCUUAUACAGGAUGCACACAAACAUGAUGAGCUAGUUGAAAGACACUAACAGGAAAUAGUUAACCUGGAAAAAAGAAUGAAUUGAACAAACUGAUCAUUUAACAUAGAAAUACAGAAUAACCUAAGAGCUUAGAAUUUAGUUUGCUAUCGGAAUGGCCAAAUUCCAAACUCACACGGUAGUCCACAAACUAAUAGGUGACAUCACAGUCCAUCGUUUAUAUACAGUUUGUCAAUCUCAUUAGGUAUAUCAGCAAUUUUAAAAGAAAUCACUGCAAGUAGCUGGCAGCAUCACAUGACCUGAGCAUCCUCAAUAGGGAGAUUUUGUCUGGUCUCAUGGGACUGUAAAUGUUUAAAUCAGCUUCCAUUCUCAGCUGGGCCUUAUGAUUAGCAGCAGUAGUUUUGUAAGUGGGAUGUCAAAAUGAAUUCUAUUUGCAGCCAUCCAGCUGCUACCUACACUACCAUUCAAAAGUUUGGGGUCACCCAGACAAUUUCCUUGAAAUUCAUGCGCUAACGUAAUUGCGCAAGGAUUUUCUAAUCAUCAGUUAGCCCUUCAACACCAUUAGCUAACACAAUGUAGCAUUAGAACACAGGAGUGAUGGUUGCUGGAAAUGUUCCUCUGUACCCCUAUGGAGAUAUUCCUUUAAAAAUCAGCCGUUUCCAGCUAGAAUAGUCAUAUACCACAUUAACAAAGUCUAGACUGUAUGUCUUAUUCAUUUAAUGUUAUCUUCAUUGAAAGAAAAUGAUUUUCUGUCAAAGAUGAAGACAUUUCUAAGUGACCCCAAACUUUUGAAUAGUAAUUUUAUUCAUGAAAUAUGGUAACAAACAAAAAAAACUGACAGUGAAAUCCAAUACAUCUCUAGAAAACCAAUUGUUCAGUGUGUUGAGUUCUUACCUAGCCUCUCUGUGAAAGACUGGACUUUUUCCAAUGCAGGAGAUGGUAGAAAAUGGGAUUUUUGAUUUUUAUGAGCCCUAUAUUGAAAUGUCACAAAUGCCAUGCAGUCUUUAGUCAUCUUCUUGUAUUCAAAAUAUGUUAUUUAUUCUAAAAUGUCUCUAUGUUUUAUUAUACUUCACUUUUUCCAAAAUGUGUGACAUAUGAGUUUCUACAGAGAAUAUAAAAUUUCCAGCCUAC